GGCAUCAGCCACACAGGGGUAAAUCAGUCCAUUUUUUACUUUAUUAGUUUGCUUUGCAGUUUUCUUCAUUAAUUUAAUUCAUUAAUCAUUUGGUUAAACCUAACACUGGUAUUAUGAGGCGCGCGCAUAGUAACAUUGUGUGGUUUUUCUAAAAUGUUUUGUUAUAUUAAUUAUGUUCUUCUCUCUUUGAGUUACCUGGGUUUGGGCGGUGGCUGUUUCCUGUCUGGGCAAAAGGCGUGGCUCAGGCCUCUGGGGACAAAAUGCCUGCUCAGCAGGACCAACCAUGGGCUUACCAGGAACUGGGGUGUUUUAGGUUUAGUUAGGUUAUUCUGUGCUUAGUUAAAAUUAGUGUGUGUUUUUGUUUUCCCCCCUAUUGUGUAAAUGGUUUGGCCAAAUCAUUAUAAAAGCUACCCUCAUGUGUCUUUGUAAUUAGGUCAGUUUGUGAGUUAAGUUGUGUCUCACUUUGUUUUGUUUAAGUUUUUGGAAAUUACUUUUCGUGGAGUUAUAUUUAGUUGACCUCUUUUAUGGGCCUGCUAAGUAUGUUUUUGAAUUUUGUUAAUUUUGGACUUUUUGAGGGUUAAAAUAAAGAAACCCCUUUUUGAAGAUACUUUUUUGCCUGUGUCCUCUAUGCUUUGGCUGCUUGGUCCCUCACAAUUGGUGGCAGCGGUGGGAUUUGCCAGUUGAGGACACAGUUUUUGCUUUUUUUUAGUUUUUGAGGUUUUUUCACCCCCAGAAAAAAGGAAAAUGCAUCGGGCAGGAAAGGUGGAAAAGAAGAAAGGAGUAACUGUUCAGAAGGAAGCUGAUGCUGAGGAGGAAAUUGGAGUCUCUGAAAUGGUGGAGAGCACUGAGGUUGAAGAAAGGGAGCCAUCUCUGUCAGAUCUGAUGUCAAUAUUGCAAGCUCAUAUGGGUCAACAGGAGGCUCGGGAAGCAAGGCAAGAAGAGGUAACUGCACGACAAGAACAAAAAUUCAAAGCAUUGCAACAUCAGUUUCAGCUUUUACAGUUAGAGGUGCAGUCCCGGACAUCACCAGUACCUGAGCUACCAUUACCUACCACAGAGUCAUCAGAGUCAAGGGAGCUACCUAACAUUUCUAGUUCUCCUCAUGCUCAAGCUGAAUCCAGUCAGUCAUUAUCAGGCAGCGAUUUCGUUCACUUGAAGUCAGGCCUGAUGAGAACCCUAAGGAAUUGUAUGCUCGACUUAAAGAUCUGUACGGAAAAUGGAUUCAACCAAAAGGUUUGGAUUCGAGAGCACAAUCCGUCUUCUGCAGCGAAGGCAGCUGAGCUGGCAGAAGUGUUUGUAGCUGCCAGGAGGAAAGGACAACCUUGGACCUGUAAUGCAAAUAAAAUGCCAAAGGAAGGCCCCAAAUCAGACCGGAUGUACCAUCAGAGGCCAGUGUCAGCUGAUAAAACUCCUGUGGGUGAGAACCAGUUUGCUGGCAGACCAUUAAAAAAUUCAAAAAAGAUCUUUUGUUACCUCUGUGGGUUAGAGGGCCACACAAAGCCAAUGUGCCCAAAAACUUCAGCUAAGAUGGUUCAAAUGUGUUUCAUGCCACGUCCACAUGCUGAACGUGGGCUCCAGUGUGACCAGACUGUUAAAAUGAUACAAAUUGAAGCUAAUGGAACAACUUUAACCGCUUUACUUGAUUCUGGCAGUUCUCGUACACUGAUACACAGAGAUUUUGUGCCCCCCAAUAUCGUCCGUGUUAGUGAUACCAUCCCCAUUUGUUGUGUGCAUGGAGAUGAGAAGAUGUACUCAACAGCUGACAUGUAUAUUAAGGUGAAUGGACAGAUUUACCUUUUAAAUGUUGGGGUGGUUGAUAACCUGCCUUAUUCAGCUAUUCUGGGACGAGAUUUUCCAGUGCUUUUUGAUUUGUUGGAGUCAGACCAGAAUUAUCAAUGCAAUGUGGCUGUUACUAGAGCCCAAGCUCAAAAAUCUAGUGAAACCUCAGAAGUUUUCAGUGCCUUGCCAUUUUUUAAUGAGGAAUGGGACGCCGCACCUGGGAAACCUCGGAAAAGUCGCAGACAGAGGAGACAGGAGAAGUUCCAGCAUACUAUAGUACACCCAGAAAUGCAUACUGACCCAGACUUGCCUUUGGGACUUCAAAUUCCUGGCAAUAUAAUAGAGUUGCAAAAAACUGAUCCUAGUUUAACUUCCUGCUUUCAGCGAGCGGUAGACAAGGACCAAGUAGAGGAGGUAGACAUUAACAAAAGUGACUAUGUCUUGCAAAAUGGCAUACUUUACCAUCAGGUGGGCUCACUUCUGAAGCUAGUGGUUCCCCAAGAAGUUAGAGAAACGGUGCUUAAUUUGGGACACUCUAUUCCCUGGGCUGGCCACCUGGGUAAGCACAAAACCACAGCUCGUAUUAAACAACAUUUUUUCUGGCCUGGCCUCUACAGAGAUGUAGCCUACUUCUGCAAGAGCUGUCCUCAGUGCCAAAUGACAUCCUCCAAAGUCCCUUCCAAAGCUCCACUCCAACCACUGCCUAUUAUUGGUACCCCCAUUUGAGCACCUCGGAAUGGAUAUUGUUGGACCCGUUGAGAAGAGUAAGUCAGGGAAUCGCUAUAUGCUUGUAAUCACUGAUUAUGCAACUAAAUAUCCAGAGGUCUUCCCAUUGAAAUCCAUCAAGGCAAAAUCAGUAGCCUUCUGUCUUGUACAGCUCUUCGCAAGAGUAGGGUUUCCACAGGAAAUACUGACUGAUCAGGGGAGUAACUUUAUGUCCAACUUACUAAAACAGGUGUACAAGCUGCUGGGCAUUAGAAGCCUGAGGACCACCCCAUACCAUCCUCAGACUGAUGAGCUAACAGAACGGUUCAAUCAGACUCUGAAGCAGAUGCUCCGGAAGGUGGUAGAUGAGAAUGGUGCUGAUUGGGAUCAGUGGCUUCCUUAUCUUCUCUUUGCCUACA